AACAAACGACGCAUUUUAUAAUGAGAAGGCCGUCUCAAACUACGACACAACUCUCCCUCUCUUCUUCUUCUUCUUCUGUAGUUCAAUAUUAGCGAGCUAAUUCCAGUGCUCGGAAUGGGGAUUCCGUCGGAAAUGAGGGACUUUUGGGCGAACCGCAGAGAAGCCUCGCUGAUUCCUUCGCCAAUCGAAGAACGGAAGAUCUCCAAUGCUAGGCAUUGCACUCAAGAAGGUCUCCGUGCCGGAUUCAAGGCAGCUUCCAUUGCGUGUGUCGCCAGUGCGGUCCCCACAUUGAUUGCUGUUCGGGUGUUUCCUUGGGCGAAGGCAAACCUCAAUUAUACUGCUCAAGCCCUUAUUAUAUCAGCUGCAUCAAUUGCUGCGUACUUCAUCACUGCUGAUAAAACUAUCUUAGAGUGUGCAAGAAGAAAUUCCCAGUUUGAAGAAGCAUUGAGACGACAAAACUGAUACGCGGCAAUUCUCAAGUCUGUAAACUGCAAAAGUUCGCAAUUCAGUACUUUGACAUGGCACGUGGAGGCGCUGCUUGUGCCGAUUAAAAAAAAAAGAAAAAAAAAACAGAGAAGGCUUGUUUUCUGUAUUUAUGGCAGCGUUUACUUCCCGCUUCGCCUAGUGUGUGUGUUUUUUUUCCUGGUCGAGCAAGUUAAAUAGUAAAAACAAUUUGGGCUUCCUCUCUUUUCCCCCUUAUGGGUGGUAAUGAAUAACAAAAGAGCUUUAUGUAGUCACUUUGGACGCAUUGUUACUUUUGCUUUUGAAGAGCAAACAGAGUGGAUCUUCAAUUGUCAUGCGCGAUUAUGCAAUUCAGUAAUGCUGUUAUGGUCUUA